AGCUGGCAUUUGCAGGUAGGCGAGUAGCAGUCAAUGUCCUUGUAGCCCAGCUGAGGCCAGUGAAGCCCUCAGACGUGCAAGCAAGCGACAUCCAGGACUCCUCCAAGCUUACUUUUUUUUUAUUUUGUUAUUUUUUUUUAAAACAGCCCUUUCAGCUGCAGCCUUAACAGUUUAAGAUUUACGUUUUUUGUGGGGAAAUAAACCAUAUUUUGCCAGUAUGGGAGCUGGGGCUAGCAGCGAGGAGAAGCAUUCCAGAGAGCUGGAGAAAAAGCUUAAAGCAGAUGCUGAUGCAGAUGCCAGGACCGUCAAGCUGUUGCUGCUUGGUGCUGGUGAAUCUGGGAAAAGCACCAUUGUCAAGCAGAUGAAAAUUAUCCAUCAAGAUGGUUAUUCAAAGGAAGAAUGCUUGGAGUUUAUUGUCAUAAUCUACAGCAACACCUUGCAGUCUAUGAUGGCCAUUGUGAAAGCCAUGACUACCUUAAGCAUUGGGUAUGGAGACCCUGCUAGACAGGACGAUGCUCGUAAGCUGCUGCACUUGGCAGAUACCAUCGAUGAAGGAACCAUGCCUAAGGAGAUGUCUGACAUAAUCUCCCGCCUAUGGAAGGACUCAGGCAUCCAGGCCUGUUUCGAAAGAGCUUCUGAAUACCAACUCAAUGACUCUGCUGGAUAUUACCUGAAUGAAAUGGACAGGCUGGUGGCCCCGGGCUACCUCCCCACUGAGCAGGACGUCCUGAGAUCAAGAGUAAAGACCACUGGUAUCAUCGAGACCCAAUUUGGUCUGAAAGACCUAAACUUCAGGAUGUUCGAUGUGGGUGGUCAGCGUUCCGAAAGAAAGAAGUGGAUCCAUUGCUUUGAGGGGGUCACCUGUAUCAUUUUCAUUGCUGCCCUCAGCGCUUACGACAUGGUGCUGGUGGAGGAUGAUGAAGUGAACCGCAUGCACGAGAGUCUUCACCUGUUCAACAGUAUUUGCAACCACCGUUACUUCGCUACCACCUCCAUCGUACUCUUCCUCAACAAGAAAGAUGUCUUCACAGAGAAGAUCAAGAAGGCUCACCUCAGCAUGUGCUUCCCUGAUUAUGAUGGCCCAAACACCUAUGAAGAUGCUGGUAAUUACAUCAAGUUGCAGUUCCUGGAGCUUAACCUGCGACGAGACAUCAAAGAAGUCUAUUCCCACAUGACCUGCGCCACAGACACGGAGAACGUCAAGUUUGUGUUUGACGCCGUCACCGACAUUAUCAUCAAAGAAAACCUGAAAGACUGUGGUCUCUUCUAAAGCUCUGAGCCAGCCAAGAAUCACAACGUGAAUGGUAUGCAACACCUCUUCCCCAUCCACUGCAUGAAAUAAGUUCCAAGCAGCCUCAGGUUUUAAGAGAACCCAAAGCAGAAGGAUCUACAGCUAUAAUGAUGAAUCUCAAUCGGAUACACAGGCACCUGGCUGAAAAUGAAAAUAUAUUUUAGUUUGGAAUUCUGGCAUUUACCACUGUAUCGUCUCAGUAUAUACUCCUUGUAAACUCUUGUAGAUGACAGAUGCACUGUACAGUAUGUGGGGUGUGACAGCACAGGUGCAGCAUUAAAAAGAUACAUUUCUCAUUAGUCUGACUAAUGAAUUUACACCGCAGAGAAAGCUCCACAUAGGUAGAACUAUUUUAUUUUUAUUUUUUUUCAGGAAUGGUUUAAACAGAGCAUUCAAUAAGCAGCCAACUGCUACACUUAAAACGUAUAUUGGUGUUAAUUUAGUUUAAAUGUGAAACUGGUAGCCAUUACAUUUAAAACUGGUUUUAAAAUGUUCAGCUCUACCUGUGCAAGCACUUGUUUUAAAUUAAAGAGAUGACAUAACAAAAUGUGUACAAAUUAUAUUGCAUGAUAUUAUGGAGCAAAUGUAGUUUUGAAAAUAUAAAGUGGAGCUGUAUUAGAGGUAAAUGAAUACGAUGUAUAUACUGUGCAGUUAAACUGGCUGAAAAACAGUUAAAUGCAUAUAAGUUAUAUUACUGUACUUAAGGCGGGUUACAGCUUUACCAGUCAAAACUCAUUCUACAGUUAUGAUGACAGUUUUAAAUAGCUUGGAACUAUGUAUAUUGAAAUGAUGUAAAUCUAUUCAUUAAAACUAAAUAAAAAGUCCCACUACCUUU